AUGUCGACGUUCCAACGGAUUCUCUCAUUAGGAUUCAUCCCCAUCCUUGCUCUUCUAGCUCUCCAGUUUUACUCUCCCGAGGCAUUCCAGUCUUUCCAAGAUGUCAUGUAUCCAUAUCAAAACCUGGAUGUCCCUUUCCAAUGGCGUCGGCCAAGAAUUGUUCAACUAAAAACGGUGCUGGCAGGUGAUAUGCCUAAUCAGCAAGAGAGUAUUCAAAUUCAAUUCCGAGAAUUUCGGGAGAAGUAUGGCAGCAAGAAGCCCCUUAUUAGUAUGUUCGAUCAAACUGUUGCAAGUAGUUACCCCAUUCUGCUAGGAGGACCUAGAAUCAUACCAGAUGCAAACAUCGACAUCAGCCUAGCUCCACUCACGCUUGAAUCGAACGACACUUAUCCUUUUUGUGUUGGCAAGGCACCCCAACAGCGUGGCCAACAGUCCGUACUACGGCUCAUGCUUUCCGCUCCGCUACGGUCACAAGACCUUGUACUGCCUACACCAGAAGAAUUAAAAAGUCGCGAUGAUGCUUUAGUUAUUGCAUCCUUGGUGGUUAUCGAGCCGGAAGACGUCCCGAAUCUAGUUGUGCCUGUAAAUGCGAGGGUAACGAAAUUUGUGCCAUACGAUUUGUUGCUACUGUUGCUGACUUCAAAUAUCAGACGGACGUUCUUGUUCCAAAUGGCGGAUACGGGGCAGUCCAACAUUGCCUUCGAGUUGGAAGGCCCAUGGUUGUGUCCGGGACUGGCUAAGACAAAACUAAUACGAAUGCCAUUGUGCAGUGGUCAGUGGUCGGAAUCAACCUUGGUGAGCGCCAGCCUGGCGCACAGAAGAUAUGGGUGA